AUGAGCAGCCAUCGCAGAAUUGCGCGGUUUACGCGAGGGAACUGGUUACACAGUCGUACAUUUUGUGUUAAAGAUAUAAUACAGCUGAGCCAAACCAAUAGACAAUCGAAUAUUAGCGUCAAUACAUUGUUUGCCGAUAAGCUUGAACUAUAUCGGGGAUCAUUACCAGAAGAGUUGCGACAACAUGCAACAGCAGGAGCAAUUGCACAGCAUCUGGGUCCCAUAUUGGACUUCCUACACGCUGGCGUUUGGCGUGCCGCCAUGGAGCACGGCUUUACUGUGCCAGAGUUUGGCCACCUUUUUGAAGGGGAGGCGGAGAUGCUCUUUGGAAACAUUUCAUACGUCAAGAAGCACAGCAAGGAGUUUACAUUUGAGGAGGUUUUACAGUUUCUACUGACAACGUUAAGGUCAUUUGAUCCUGCGCAUCUGACAUCCAUCCUCACUGCGUAUCCGGUCUGCCGUCGGGCCGCCAUGGCAAUUAUACUGGAGCAGUACCUGACCGCCGGUCCGUUUAACGAUGUGGAAUCGCAGCUUGUUGCUAACAUCAGCCAACACCUUUUCAAACUACAUCACCGAGCAGCACAGACAAAGAGGAUUAUUGAAUUUUUUCAUGUUUCCAAGUCAGGGGGCACCAGCUUUUGCCAACUUGGCAGGAUGAAUGGCUGCAGGACGCAGAGUUUCGAGACGCACAGAAAUUGCCUGAUCACGUAUUUCAGGUUCAACUUCUACGCCAACGAGCUCGUGAUGCACGACCACAACCGCUCCUGGGUGGGUGUGCACCCCUGUCGCGAGUUUCUCAACGUCGUCAUCUUUAGGGAGCCGCAAUCGCGAGUCGUCAGUCACAUGCAGAACAUCCUCAAGGAGUACGUCAUCUAUUACAAUCAGUCACUGUGGCAGGCCUUCAACCCAAACUCCGUCGACCAGUGGCGUACACUUGCCGUACCUGUGUUCGACAAUUACGUCGUACGGUCGUUGCUAGGCGGUCAGGCUUACAACAUGCCGUACGGCGGUACGAACCACACGCACCUGCUGGCCGCGAAGAUUGUGACGCUGCAGUUCGAAGUGUUGCUCAGUUUGGCCCCCGAAACCUCCGAAUUCACCAGGGACAUCUUUGGGCUGGGACUUGGCUGGCAGUACGACUUACGGCACAUGCAUGUACGGCCGACGAUAAGGCGCCCCGUCGACGAAUUUUCGGCGGAGGUUAUGGAGGCAGUACGUGCCGCGGGACGGUUGGACGAGCAGCUGUACGAAUUUGCACUCGUACUACAAUUGCUGGAUGCGAUUACGUUUGGCAUCGCGCAUGACGUGGCGGGCAUGGAUGGAAUCCUAUCAGCCGACAGCGGCGACGGGGACGGCAGCGGCGGCGACGACGACGGUGGGGCCGUCGUGAUUCCCGCGGGAGGGAACACGACCAGGGCAGCGGACUGGGCUGUAAACGUCAACGUUGCCGCCGCCGCCGCCGCGACGGCCGCGAUGGGAGCAGGGAUGCGGCGCCUUCCGCGAGGCUGUGGGUAUGUUGGUGUACGGCGACCGCCGGACGUCGUCACCACAGAUCGUAUGACGCUGCCGCCAGUGGCGCCGCUGCUCGAGCCGUACAAUCUCCUUGGCGCAGAGUUCCAGUUCGCAUUACAGGAAGUUGGCAGCUUGGUUGUCGCGGGCGGUCGGUGGUUCAAACGCGAGUUCUAUCGGAACUCCACUGCGGCGUUGGACGCAGCGGCCGCGUGGGGCAGGGCAAAGGAGGCGGGGAUAGUGGCGUCUCUAGCCGAGGUAGCUGCUGAGGCGGCUACGUCAAGGGCCAAGGCGGCCAACGCGACGAAGGCUAACCAGGAUGAGGCGGUCGCGGUGGCGGCGCAUUGCGAAAGAGCGAAGGCUAGGGCUGCGGAGCUGGCGGAGGCGGCGGAGAAAGCAGUGAGGGCUGGGGCCCUGGGGGCCGGGAAAGCUAGCGGCAGCAAUGAUGAUGCUUUGGGUGCGGGCAUGUGGACCAGUGGCAUCAUCGGGGUAUGA